AUGAGCACUUUGCCUCCUCUUCCGGCUACUUCGCGUCUAAUUAUACCUCUCAUAGUAGUACCAAAAUCGGAGGCAGAAACCCCUUUUAAUAUCCUUGAUAUGAGAAGGAUUUGCGAGCUCAAUAGGACUGGCCAAAUCCAAGAUCCUAAAGUAGUACUUGAGAAGAUGUGCAAGGCAGCUGAAAUUAAUAUGGCUUCACGUAUUACUUUCGAAAAUCAUAAUACCGAAUUUCAGGAGGCUGCAGUACGAAAGAAAGAGAGAUCUAAUCGAAAAGGGGGCAAUCUGGCACCAGAGGAAGUACGAACUUAUAAUGGUUCUACCUUGGAAAAUCGAGCCCUUUGGAGUCACGAGAUGCAAGAGCAAGAGCUACUUGCUAGAUUCAUGAAAUACCCUCUUAUAAUCUUCGAUUUUAAGGUCAAGAAAGUACGAAAAAAGAAGGUUCCUUCGCAUAUAUCAAAACCCUCAUUAUACGCCACUCCCGAUUCCUUUGAGAACCUCACUCUUCUCUUCAAUUCUCCUAUAAAGCCAGUAUCGCCAAUCAAGAAGGCCAUUUCUCCAGUAAAGGCUACCAAAGCUGUAAUUACUGCAGGAGUAUCUCGGGGGAAAGCUACAAAGGUAGUAAAGAAAACAUCAAAAGUAGUGAUUUUGACGUAUGGGAGGACAGAGGAGAUAGCGAAUAGAAUCAAGGCGAUUUGGGAGAUCAAGAGCUCAAGUGGAAGGAUAAUUAAGCCCACUGCAAAGCGUAUUGUAAAGAAGAAGUAA